AUGGCUCUAAAUCGUCCAUUUAUGAUUACUCUCUAUUGGGGUGACAAUGUUGAAUAUGAGAAUGGAAUCAUCAAGGGCGAUGAAUCAACUAUGUCUGCUUCAGACAUUAUUAGGCAAAAAAUACGGUAUGAACAAUUUCAAGAUUUGGCUUAUGCACUUGUUGGAGUCGAAAAAUCUUCAUAUAAGUUGAAUAUGUCAUUAUGUUACCAAUAUUCUGGGAGAUCUAAUAUCGCACCACUUAUAAAUGAUUCAACCUUAGACAUGUUGUAUUAUUUAGCUAUGACUGAUGAAAAUUAUUGGGGUCAAGUUUGUGUUGAAAUUGAGAAAAUAGUGAUACCUACAAAUACUAGUUUGGUAGAUCUCCUUCAUAAUUUUGAAGUACCAUUUCCUUUGCCGAGUGAUGAUAGAUUUGAGCCAAAUAAUGAGUUUGGAUUUGAUGAUCCUAACUCAGAAUGCAGUAGUGAGUCAUUAAGCCAUAUUGAGGAAGACUCUGAUGAUGUGAGUGACAAAUUAGUUGUAGACUUUAUGAAUGAUGUUGGAAAUAUAGGAGAUGAUGUCGUAGAAAAUUUAGAGGACAACGUUCAUAUAGAUGUUUGGAAGGAAACAGAAAACAAAAUUAGGUUAGGAAUGCAAUUUGAAAGUAAGCAGCAGGUGAAAAAUGUAGUAAUACUUUGGUCUAUCAGUCAAAAUAGAGAGUUUAAGGUGUAUGAAAUUAAACAUAACAAAUGGGUAGCAAAAUGUAAGACCGAGGUGGGUGAAGGAGAAAGCUCUAGUUCUAUGCACCAUACACAACCUUGUCAAUGGUAUAUCCGUGCAAUUAAGAAGAAAAAUAAUCAUAUGUGGCAGAUUACACGUUGGGUGGAUGAACAUAAUUGUUUUGGAUCUUGUAUUAGCAAUAAUAGCAGAAUUCUAAACUCUAGAGUUAUUGCCUCAUACAUUCUCCAUUCAAUUCAAAAAGAUGUUGCUUACCCGGUGAAACAUGUACAAGCAGAUAUAAAAAAUCGUUUUCAUGUUGACGUUUCUUAUUGGAAGGCAUGGCAUGGAAAAAGAAAAGCCAUAGAGACCAUUUAUGGAACUUGGGAGAGUAACUUUGUUGAGUUACACAAGUAUAUUGCAGCUUUGCAGGCUUCAAACCCUGAUACAAUUGUCAAACCAGCUAUUAAAGCAUUUCAUUUGUGUCGCCCUGUAAUUUCUAUCGAUGGUGCUCAUUUGAAGGGUUCUUACAAAGGAAAAUUGCUUGUUGCUGCUUCAAAAGAUGCUAACAAUAAUAUAUUACCAAUUUCUUAUGCCAUUGUUGACGAGGAGACAGUUCAUAGUUGGUGUUGGUUUUUGGGUCAUUUUAGAAAUUUUGUUGCUCCAAAUAGACAAUUAUGUGUUCUUUCUGAUAGGCACAAAGGAAUCAUUCAUGCAAUGGAAAAUCUAGAGGAGUGGAAAGAGCCAUUAGCAUACCAUCGUUUUUGUCUGAGGCAUGUCAGAAGUAAUCUCAUGAAAAGGUACAAGAAUGUGAACCUUAAAAAAAUUUGUUGGUCUAUGGGUAGCACCACACAAAAAAGGAAGUUCGCUAAGUAUAUAAGGGAAAUAAAAGCAAUCAAUAUGGAAGCUUGGCAGUAUUUGAAGGAAAUUAAAAGAAGUCAAUGGUGUCUUUUAUAUGAUGAAAAUCACCGAUGGGGUUUCUUAACGACCAAUAUCUCUGAGAGUAUGAACAAUGCAUUACGAGGAGCGAGACAAUUGCCAAUUAGGGCGUGUAUUAACCUUACAUUCAAUAGAACUAUGCAACUUUUCAGAAAGCAUAGUGGUAUUGCAAUGAACUGCAUUACACCUCUACCAAAAUGUAUGUGGCGUCUCUUUCUUAAACGUGACACUCGUGCACAAAGUCAUGUUUUAUCUGAGUUUCACUACAAUGAAGGUGUUUACAGAGUUGUCACAAGGUCACAGAUAAAUGGAACCGGAGGAAAUACACAAACUGUUAAUUAUUUUCAACAUAUGUGUACUUGUGGUAAGUGGCAAAUGGAGAGAUUUCCAUGUUCACAUGCACUUGCAGUUUGUCGGAAUAGAGGGGACAACCCUCUUUCCAUUGUGAACAAUGUGUACACUACUAUGACAUACAGACAACAAUAUAAUUUUGGGUUUGUACCACUUCCUCAUGUUGAUUAUUGGUUGGAUUCAAACUGGACGAUUGAAGCAGAUUACUCAAAACUUUCUGUUCAUCGAGGACGAAGGCGUGCAAAUCGAAUUCAUAAUGAGAUGGACAUUUGUCAUCCUGAUGAACCUCGCAGAUGUACACUAUGCCACCAGCCAGGUCAUAAUAGAAGAAAUUGUUCAAAUUCUCAACAAAGAUUCAAUGAGUAG